AGGUUUCUAGAUCUGAAGAUGGCAGACAAGCCAGACAUGGGGAGCGCAUUCGACAAGGUGCUCAAGAAGACGGAGACGCAGGAGAAGAACACUCUGCCCACCAAAGAGGCGAUUGAACAAGAGAAGCGGAGCGAGGUUUCCUAGAUCCCCGCGAGGCAUGCGUCGUGAAGGGGUCCCUCUCCCCCUUCCCCAGUCCCGGUUUCGAGGGCACUUAGAUAGCUACCUGCAUUAUCCACAUGUAAAGUCAAGAAACGCCGGCCAGCGCCGGCGAUCGGGCAGUUACCCGUCCGCCAAGGGGUUCGGCACCGGACUUCAUGAUCUUGAACCGCCGCAUCUUAACCUCAUUGCCCUGCAUUGUUCUAGAAAGUUAUUUGUAUGACCGAUGAAAAUAAAGAUUACA